AUGUACCCGACGCCCCCAGCUUCUCCCUCCCAAAAUGGAUUCUGCGCGCCGGAAGAUCGCUUAGGCCAAGUCCUGGCUGGACGCCUCCAGCUGACUGGCGUCCUUGGUGUUGGAGCCUACGGCGUUGUCUACACAGCCGUCGACAUCCAGACCAACAUUCCCUAUGCCGUAAAGGCGCUCAACAAGGUUGGUCUUGAGCCUCGCCAAAGAAAGUUCCAGCAGCGUGAGAUCCAGCUGCACCACCAGGCCAGCGCACACCCCAAUGUCGUCUCGCUCGUCAAGAUCAUGGACGCGCCUGACUGCACCUAUGUGGUGAUUGAGUACUGCCCAGAGGGCGAUCUCUUCUCAAACAUCACCGAGCAGGGCAAAUACGUUGGUAAUGAUGCCAUGGCCAAGCGCGCCUUUCUCCAGGUUUUGGAUGCCGUCGAGUACUGCCACUCCAUUGGAAUCUACCACAGGGACCUCAAGCCGGAAAACGUUCUCGUCACUGACCAAGGAAUGACCUGCAAGCUUGCCGAUUUUGGACUCGCCACCACUGACCCCGUUACCUCGGACUUUGGCUGCGGCUCGACCUUUUACAUGUCUCCAGAAUGCCAGACAUCAUCACCCAAGCCUUACUCAUGCUACGCAUCGGCCCCCAACGAUGUCUGGAGCCUUGGUGUCAUGCUCGUCAACCUCACAUGCGGCCGCAACCCAUGGAAGCGCGCCUCAUUUGACGACAGCACUUUCCGUGCCUUCAUGAAGGACCCCAAGUUCCUCAAGACCAUUCUUCCCGUCUCUGACGAGCUCGAUGCUGUUCUGAGGCGCAUGUUUGAGUUCAACCCAGCCAAGCGAGCCACCAUUCCCGAGAUCCGCGACAUGAUCAUGCGAUGCUCGUCCUUCACAGCUACCAAGUCGGCCGUUUCCUCGCCAAUGCCCACUCCUUCCUUUGGCCCAGUCGACUACGCCCAGGAUGCCGCCUACAACCAGUACUACCAGACUCCCGCCGUUCCCCAGUUUGCUCCUCUCCCUGGCUCAGCUUACGCCCCAUCGCCCUUCCAGUCGUCGACCUCUUCGGGAAGCUCAAACUCUGACGGCGAGUCCGUCUUCUCUGCUUGCUCGUCGGCCUCGUCGGCUUCCUCCAACUCGUCGUACCACGUCUCGCAGUCGCAGCUUCCCAAGUUUUCUUCGCGCGUUCCUCAACCCCAACAAUACGUUUCUCCUCAGCCUCCCGCCAACACCUGGUUCCAGCCUUUCAUCCAGGCUGCCAACCUGGUCAAGCACGUCUCCUUCCAGCCUUCGAUCAUGGCCCCGGUUCACGUCUACUAG